UUGACGAGGUAAGAACUCAGAAGAAAGGGAGAGAGAAAGAGAUCUUUGGGAGAGGGAGCAGUAAACAAGAUAGACAGAGAGAAAGAGAGUCCAGCUGAGGAAGAUGAUGUCAGGCAACUAUACCAGUCUUGAUAAUCAAAAAGUUUCUGGAUCUGUUCCUGCUGUCACAGAUCCAGGCCACGUUACCGUCAAAUUCCAAGAUUCAAGCCUUCAGACAUUUCCUCCGUCUGAAGCACAAGGGAAGAUAACAGCUACUUCUCGCCCUCCUCGUGAUGCUGAUGAUUCAUUUUCAAAACCUGUAUCGAGUUCUGAUGAACCCCAGCAGGGUGGUUGGUUUCGGACAUUUUCUAUAGCCACUUACAAACCAUACUUUGAUGUUGAUACUUCUGAUGUUCUAGAUAGGAUAAAAUACACCCUCUUUCCAUUUACUGGAGGUUUUACCGAGAAAACAGAUGGAAACCCAGAUUUGUAUGGACCAUUCUGGAUAUGCACUACCCUUAUCUUUGUAGCUGCUUCUAUUGGCACUUUCGUGACAUAUGUGGCACACAAACUGCAAAAGAAAGAAUGGGACUAUGACAUCAAUCUUAUGACCUGGUCUGCUGGUUUGUUCUACGGCUAUGUCACUCUUGUUCCUCUUGGAUUAUAUUUAAUCCUUAAAUACUUCUCAGCACCAUCAGGUCUUGUUCAGCUGUUUUGUCUCUAUGGAUAUUCCCUAUUUGUCUUCAUUCCAGCUCUGUGUCUCUCUGUUGUGCCGUUGGAAAUUUUCAGAUGGGUGGUAACAGGUGUAGCUGGGUUUAUGUCGGCAACCUUUGUGGCGAUUAACCUUCGAGCUCACAUUGAGUCAGCAGGUCGAAGGUGGUUCUUGAUUGUAGCCGGCAUCUUUCUCUUGCAGUUGGGCCUGGCUUUCGUCCUGAAACUUUAUCUGUUCACUGUCACGGUGUAGUACUCGAACUUCAUCAAAAUGGCAUGAACAAACUUGUAGAUUACAAAAAGAAAAAGAGCUUUUUUUUUUAUCCAUUGCCUAUUGUUUUCACCUGAUAGAAGAAAUGUGUCAUUCAUCAUCAAUUAGAACAUAAACAUAUACUGCAUUCAUUCAUUUUUCGCAAUAUAAAUUCAUAUGACUGAAACCUUAAUGUC